UUCCUCUGGAAGAAAGCAAGCCGUGAGAACACCUAAGGAUGUGCUGCCCAGAGGUGUUUCCCACCUCCACCUUCCUCCUAGGACUCAUGUGCUUGACAGCUUUCAGCAACUUUGCCAAGACUUCUGCGGACUUCUCAGGUUACAUAUCACAGGUACUAAAGAAUUACACUGACCAUGCGUGUGAUGGAGAAUAUGUGUCCCUGAGAUGUCCCCACAGAACCACCAUCAGCAUCCAGUCUUCUUUCUAUGGACGAAUUGUACCAAGUCAUCAGCUGUGUCCUUCUCGCUAUCCCCACUCCUAUGCAACUUUAAUUAAAGAAGAUGUUGCCUGUUCAGUUGGCACUUCUCUUCAGAAGAUGCUGGAUGAGUGCCAGGACAGGCGGAGCUGCCAGUUCCUCGUCAACAGCCGGCUGUUUGGGAUGGAUCCGUGCCCUGGGACUGGCAAGUACCUCCUCGUGUGGUACAAGUGCAGGCCAAAUGAAUACAAGAGUAAAGUAGCCUGUGAAGAUGACAAGCUGAGGCUGAGCUGUAAGAAGAGCAUGGUGAUAGCCAUUUACUCUGCUAUCUUUGGGAGGACACAAGGAGGCAGCCUGGAGUGCCCAUACCAAAACCUAGGGAUGCCCAUGAUUGAAUGUCAGUCAGCUACUGCUCUCCAGCUCAUGAUCAAGCGCUGUCAUGGGAAAAGAAGCUGCAGCAUAUAUGCCAGCACCUAUGAGUUUGGAGAUCCUUGUUACCCAGGCAUCCAAAAGCAUCUUAAUGUCAUCUACACCUGUGUUCCCAAGAAGCUUCUGCAUGAAACUCAGGCAACAGCAACCAAUCAACAAGGGUACCAGAAGCCACAUUUUCCACUGCAGCCAAGAGCGUUUGACCCCAAUGUUAUAGGGGACGGCGUGUUCUUUUUGGAUGUCUCUCCUUCCAACAUAGAGCGAGCUCUCCCAGCAGAGAAGAAGAAAGGGAGGUCAGCCACCUUCUACCCUGUAGACAGCACCCCCCUCCUGCUCCCUGUGGAUGAGACACAACCGCCGGCGCUCAGCAGCAGCAUGGAGCCCGUGGGCGUCGGCACGGAGAUGGCCCUGCUCAGCAACAUCCUGGCAGCCUAUGCCUUCAUCACAGAAAACCCCGAGCGGGCUGCCCUGUAUUUCGUGUCCGGAGUGUGCAUUGGACUCGUGCUGACCCUGCUGGCCCUGGUGCUCAGGGUGUCCUGCCGGACGGACUGCAAGCGCUCCUCCUCCAAAAAACCUCCUCGGGAGCGGGAGAGCGACAGCGAUAGCAGCGACAGCGACGACGACUCGGACACCACGUCGGACCUGUCUGCCCGCAGGCACCGCAGGUUCGAGAGGACUUUGAACAUGAACGUGUUCACCUCUGCGGAGGAGCUGGAGCGGGCGCAGCGGCUGGAGGAGCGGGAGCGCAUCAUCCGUGAGAUCUGGAUGAAUGGGCAGCCCGACAUCCCGGGCACCAGGAGCCUCAAUCGCUACUACUGAGCCCUGGGGACCCCGGCACCCUGCCCUGCUCCCCGCGCCUGGGGAGAGGGAGGGAACGAUACGACGUGGGUGUCUCCCCUUUUCCUACCAGGUGUGCCGCCUGGAGCCGUGAGGAUGGACAGCGAUGAUGUUUUCCCCAUCUCUCGUUCCCUGACAUUGAUAUCACCCCUCUUCCCGGACACUUUCUGGUUUCAAAGAAGGGAUUGCCGAGUUCAUUUCUGAGGAGCAGGCAGGGAGGAGACAAUGGCAGUUCCCAUGUGGGGUUUGGCACUGGGCACACCGUGCUCCUUUCUUGGCUGGAGAGGGAGGCUGCCCAGGAUUUGGUCUCCAUUUAGGAUUUUUUGGUUUCCCUUUACCUGAGGACUGUGGGAGAAUUGUGAACAAAAUGACAACUCUGGAAAGAUGAUUUGGGGAGGGAGGGGGAGGUGCAUCCUGACCAAUUGUCUUGUGACUUCAGAAGCCAUGAGAUUAACCUAAUUAAAACCCAACAGCAAAUAGGACUUGUUAAGAAGUGGGGGAUGGGAGGGAGGGGGAUUCUUCCAUC